AUGUUACUCCUCACUGCCUUCUCAAUGCUUCUUUUAACGUUUAAUGCAUUGGCAUUCCUCACAAAUGGUCCUUUGCACACGCGAACAAAAAGAUCGUUCGACGUGACAAAGGGCGUUUACACACCUCUCGGCUUUGCUAAUGGAACCGUUUCCAAUGGGGUGGCGCGUUUUGCGGUCCGUUAUGCUUCGGCUGCCCGUUGGCAGGCUGCGACUCUAGCGAAUGCUUGGAGGAUGCCUGACGGUGACCCCGCCUCACCGCCUCCGUCGUGCCCUCAGUCUUCCGUUGACUCAAGCCAAUACUCUGAGGAUUGCCUCUUCCUCAUUCUCUACGUUCCUGUUGCUGCCGCUGCAUCGGGCAAUGGGCUGAACACAUUCGCUUGGAUCCAUGGCGGCUCCUUUUAUUAUGGAGCCGCGACUAACCCCGGUCUGGACGGUUCUACCUUUGCAUUAUCCACAGGAUCCAUUGUUGUAACCCUUCAGUAUCGUCUUGGAGUGCUCGGUUUCAUCCCUCCACAUUCACAAAACGGUGGUAUAAACCUUGGUGUCAAAGACGUCACAACUGCCUUAAGCUUCUUGAGAUCGGUGCUUCCCAGCUUCCAUGGCAAUCCUGACGGUAUCACUGUCGCUGGGCAAAGUAGUGGAGGAAUGAUGGUUCGAGCGCUGAUGGCUGCACCUACUGCGGCCAAAUUGUUCAAGAAUGGCAUCAUUCAGAGCGAUCCUAUGGACUUCAACUUCCUGCCUAUAUCUGCUUACAACAUCCUCCAAUCAUGGUUCUACUCCAAGCUUCCCUGCUCUCCCGCAACAUGUCCAACUUCACAGCUCCUUUCUACCCAGAGCUACUUGCUCGGUAAUGCGUCAACUAUUUCCCCGGCUGCGGGGUCUGCUGAGCCCAUACGCCCAAGCGUUGAUGGACAGUUCAUCACGACAUCGCUGAGCCGGAACUCAUAUCCCUCCCUUCUCAAGCCUCUUCUCGUCACCACUGUUAUGGAUGAGGCGGGCUUCCUUAUUGGUGAAACUCUACCGCUCGGAUUCCCUGAGCAGAACUAUGUGCCUAUUGUACAAGCAACGUUUGGAAAUCGAACGGCGACAAUUCUGGCUUCGCCUUGGUAUAAUGUUUCUUCGAUGAAGGUCGUGCCUGGUCAGCCGGACGAUCGGACGAGAGAAACUCUUUCGGUAUUAGGAUCGGAUGCUACGUGGAGAUGUCCCAGCUGGUCAUUUGCGAGAUCCUAUGCCGCAAGGGGUGGAAAUGUCUAUGUCGGUUUGUUCAGGCGUGGAGCAACUUAUGCCGGAAAUGAUGCUUCGGAUUUCUGCACGGUGGGUGGGAGAGUGUGCCAUCAGGACGAUAUUUAUAUCACGUUUGGCACCACACCUUCGCCUACACCUGACCAGCAGACCCUCACAGCUGAGAUCCAAGCUCGCUGGGGGGCCUUCGUGAAGACAUCAAAUCCCAACCCUUCUAACGCCAAUCUAGGCGAAUGGUGCGCGACAACUUCUACUGCAGUCAAGGCGAUACAAUUUGGCCUUGGCGGUGGCAUAGCCGCAGAGGAUGCCUGCAGGCGUUCCUUCUGGGGGAAUGCUGUGCUCUUUGACUGGCAAAUUUAUGGCGUCUAG